AUGUCCAACACGUCGCACUACAUGGUUUGCUGUAAAAACAAGGAAUCGGUGCAAACGCUGCGCCCGUCAGCAUUGCUCGUAUGCGCCCUGGUGCUUACGACGGCUACGCAAGCAGUCGUCAACAGUGAAGCCCAACGUCGCGAGGCACCCCUGGCCAUAGCCGACACGUACGGAGUGCCACCCUCCUCAUCGGGAGCGCUCUCCUCGCCCGAGCUGCCCACUCCGAUCUACGGAGCGCCGGCAGCCGGACACUAUCCGCCGCCCCCACCGGACGUUCCGCCGCCACCUUCCGGUCCGAUAGUGCCCCACAAGGAGUACGGCGUCCCGGUGCAACACUUUGGACCACCGAAGAUCAACAUCGAGUACGGUCCACCGGCGGCCCCCGCCCGACCCGCCUACCAUCCACCGCCAAGACCCGCGUACGGACCACCCCCGCAGGUACACCACCAGCAGCAUCACCACCAGCAGCAGCAGCAGCACUUCUCGCACGGCCCACCACCGAGGAAGCCGCAGCAGCAUCAGUCGUCCUUCCUGGAGUCGCUCUUCUCGACGUUCGGCUUCGGAGGCGGUGAGGAACAUCACCAUCAGCAGCAAUCGUUUUCGCACCACGGACCGAGUCCCCACUAUGGACCGCCUCAGGCGCCAAAGCCCGUCUACGGACCACCGCAGCAUCAGCAGUCGUUCCCGAAACCAUCCUACGGCGUCCCAUCGUUCCCUGCACCAGCCCCCAAGCCCGUCUACGGCCCACCUCCAAAGCCCGCGUACGGACCCCCUCCGUCGGCCCCCAAACCCGUGUACGGCCCCCCUAAGCCCAUCUUCACCGCCCAGCAGUCCUUCGGCCACCACUCGUCCGUGCACGUCCCUCCGACCCCACCAGAGAUCAAGUGCGACGGAUGGAAACCAAUUGCCGGACCAGUUGUACAAAGCCACCACCAGCACCAGGAGAUUCACCAUGAAUUCCACAACGAACUUCAGCACCAGGAAGUGCACUCGCCGGAAUCUUCGUACGGACCACCACCAAGUGGGGACUUUUUGGCCGGAGGAAACCAACUGCUCGCCGGAGGCGAUCUGGGACUGCAACUGCCCCGCGUCGAACCGGGACCAUCGUUCAGCAGCAGCGGAUCGGGAAGUGCGGAACUUCACGGCUCGUUGGAACUGUCCAAGGGAAACAGCUUUGAGGUUCACUCCAACUUCAUCUCUGACUCUUACGGCGCUCCCCCAGCCGACUCGUACGCCCCAGGCCACUACAAGCCAACGUUCGUGAAGCCCCUGCCACCACCCCCGCCAAAGAUCCAGUUCCCGCCUUCCCCGCUGUACGGCGCACCCCAUCACCGACCAUCGAUUUCCUCCUACCCGGGUCUGGGCAUCUCCCACGGCAGCAUCAGUGGAAACUUGAAGCCUUGGUCCGGUCCGAUUGCUCCCCCCCGUCAACCGAUCGCGUACCGUCCUCCGGUCCCGCAGGGACUGAUCGAGUCGAUUGGACACACCGUUGAACAGCUGGACAACUUCGGAAGCAAGCCGCACUACUCCGGCGAUGUUUACCUGCCACCUCCGACGAGCGACGUCGCGACCGCCCUGCCAGCGCUCGAGCUGAACACGCUCCCUUCGGAUAAACCGGCACAGCCGUUCCUGACCCAGCACCAACUACCGGAAGCGCAGCAUCAGAUCCAAGAGCCUCGCUACCACCAGCAGCAGAGCGAAAUCGUCUCGCUGGCAACCGACUGCGGCCACGGUCCGCAGGACUUUGGCGCGACCUCUUCCGGAUCCGCCUCCUUCAGCAGCAGUGACGUGUCCAACAGCCUCGACAGCAGCUACGGACCGCCAGCCUCCGGCGAGUACCGCACCGGUCACCAGCUUCACCAGUCCAGCGAGCACCAGCACCAGGUUUCAACCUCAAGCCUUCCGGGACUGGACGGCGGAAUCAGCGGUCUCGAGCUGGUGUCCGCGCAAAAGUCGCAAAGUCUGACAAUCCCCGUCACCGGACAGCACGGCACCUACCAGCUGCAGUUCCAGUCGGCGGAUCCGCUCGGAUCCGGUCAUGGUAGCGGAUCGGCCCCGCACGAGCAGAUCCUGUCCGAGGGACUGCUCCAGUCGAUUCUGUCGGCGAUCGAGCAGCCCCAGCAGGGCGGGUUCCACCAGGACGAGCAGUCGUACGAUCCGAACAUUGACCACAGCGAGGUGUCGGUGUUUCUGAAGAGCGCCGAGGGCCAGAAGACGCUGGCGGAUCAUCCGCACAAGCGAUAACCGAGUCGGGAUGAGAUUUGAGUGAGUGUGAGUGAGUGGGUGAGAGAAUAUUUUUUAGCGUGUAAGUACGGAGCGUUGCUGUGGAGUUGCGGAAGCGUGUUCUCUACCUCCGAGCGCGGAUUUUUAAUUUAUUUUCAUCCUCCCCCAUUUUGCGUGAAAAGAAGAAGAAAAAGAAAGGGUUGUGUGAGUGAGAAGUGCGACACUCAGUUGAGUGAAAAAGAUGAAUUUAAAUUUACGCGAGGCAAUCAAAUAAUUAAAAUGGUUUGACAGAAUUUCAAACUUCACUUCGAAUUGUUAAAGAAUAUUUAAGCUUCAUUUUUAUUUGAGCUACUCAAAACAAAUCUUUCUUUCGUUUUUCCGAUAUCUCACUAAAAAGAAUGCGAAGUUCGUUCAUUUUCUCUCUAUCGUUUUCUCUCAGUUAUGUUUCUCUUAGUGAGAUUUUUUUAAGUUUUGCUCUGAUUGGUUCGCUUGUUAUACAACAUGUGAAUGUUUACCAACUUUCAACGAUUACAAAACGUGACAGUUUAACGGCGAAUGAGGCCUUUCCUGAAAAUGUAUUAGUGAGAACGAAAUUCUUAACGAAAAUUCUUCGCGGAAAAGAUCCGACAGCAACUUUGUAUGGUUUGACGUUUGCAGGGAGAGUCGGAAAAAUGUUAACAAAUCACUUUGUGUCCAUUUAACCUUGUUCCCAUAGAGAGAAAAACUCUAAAAAGAGAGCUAGAGAGAGCCGCUACUAUCUCAUGAUUUUCGAGAUGAAUUCUGCUCUCACUAACACAUCUGCAGGCAAAACAUCAAUCACUGGAAAAUGUGCGUUUUUUUUUUAGCAGAAUUCCUUUGUUUGUAAACAAUGUGGAAAGAAUCAAAUCUGGUGAUGAAGCAAAUCAGAGACAUUCAUGAAAAUAUCGUUUACUCAUUUUUGUUGAUAAAAAAUUCUAGCAUCGCAAUUUUUGAAAUUUUUAGAUUUUUGGACAAUACCAUCGCUGUUGACCUUUCAUAACCGAUGUUAUGCUGUUAGAAAAAAGAGUGUUCUUUUUUGGAUUUUCUCUCAGUGAGUACUAAUUAAAGUUCUAUUGAUGAAUAUUAUUGUUGACAUUGCUCCAACGUUAAAGGUGCAACAACAAAUUUUAUCAAGACUUUGAGCGAAUGUUAUUUCUCUAGUUUAGAAAAUUUUUAAAUCUCAAACUAUUUCAACACAAAUUUCAUUUCACCUCUCGUACGAAACUGAGUGUGGCGGCAGUGUUUACACUGAGCCCUCGGCUAAUGGCACAAAUUAUCAAUUAACCAGCGCGUUAUCUCGCCGCCAUCGCCGCCACCACAACUAGUGUUACAGCUUUUUUUUUUCUAGGAGGGUCCUCGAGAUGAUGAGGGCCCCUAACACAGGAGAGCAACCAGAUGUUGUAACGCGUUGGUGAAGCACACGAUAAUGACGAAUUAAGAUGUUGAGAUUGUGGUGUGACACGUGGAGCAGCCGCCACCCACGUGGGCAAACUGGGUCACACAGAAAUUUGCACAAAAAAAAAAUAAAGUUACCAUUUCACAGCGCGAUAAUGAAGUGCCUGCUCGAAACAGUUGCAGCAAAUGUAAACGAGAGAUAGUAAUUAGUAUUCAGGUGUAAAGAGUCCGUUGAAAGUGUGAAUGUGAGCGCGAGUGCACCGUAUGAGUGUGAAUUAUAAUUAGGUAUUUAAUUAUUUCGCGUACGGGAGUGUCGCAUAUCAUUCCGACGGAUCCUGGCGAAGUGGCCCACAGACUGUGUGUGCGACUGCAUAUUUAUUAAAUCUGAAAUUAUUCAAACGAAUUGGUUCGAGGAAAGGACAGAGUGGCAGAAGUUGUGUGAAAUGUAAUAUACGAGACACGGUACCGAAGGGGAAUAUGUGUGGACGCGACGAGCUCGCGAGUCAAGAACUGUGUAUUUUGAGUAGGAAACUGUGUGUAAUUGGAAUAAAAUAUACGUUUAUAGUGGAAAAAUAA